AAAUGGUUUAUAAAAUAAUUAAGAAUUGGCAUUGCUGUAUAUUGUAUAUAGCAGACGUAAUCGCCAAUUCGGUUUGAGAGGUUUGCGCACAUAUUUCGAAUCAUUCCAAUGCAACGGAGCUUUAUUUAUUAAUUUAGUGAGGUUGAAAAGUCUGAAAGGUGAAUAAUAUUAAAAUUUAUUAAUGUCGUAUUAUGCAUUGUCACGUAUGAAUAAGUAUAGACAAAUUUCUAAAGCAACAUUGCCAAUACAAUAAGUAUAGAACCUCAAAUGUAACCUCAAAAUUUACGUAAACUUCAAAGAUAAUCUUUUUGUCAACCUUAAAAAAUGAUUGUACAUAAUAAUAAUACAAAUAUAAUAGAAUUUCAUAAAGCUAAAAAAUAGCAAGGGCACUUUAUCAAAGUUCAAUAAAAAACAACUCGUUUUUAUGCAGGUUAAAGGGUUGUUAUGGAUUAUGAAUACGAGGGGGUUUUGCAAAUUCUGCACUGCGGAAUUUGCACGCAGCAAAUACCCAACGUACAUGAAGCGUAUGACCAUGAAUGCUUCAAAAAUAUUAACAUGGAAAAUUUGUCCAUUGUGUGUAAUGUAGUAACCCACAGUGAAUCAUGUGAAACUAAUUUUGAGCAAGAUAACGAUAUAGAAUAUUUGGACGAGUACCAGGAGGUCUGUUUUGAGAAGCUUGGAGGGAAGGAGGUAAAACAGAAACACGACAUGGGCAAAGAUUGCUGCUUACUUUCCAGGUUGGAGUCCUCAGGUAGCACGAAAAGAAUAUUCUUCUUUGAAAAAUACAUUCGUGCGUCGGAAUGUAAUGCCACGCAGUGGUUCAGCGGGGAUAAACAAAAAAUACUGGCCGUUUGAACCGUAUUUUGGCUUUCUUAAAGAUAUAAUGAAGUCUAGAUGCACUAUUUCGAAUGUUGCGCCACCAAAACUGAAGAAAUCAGUUGCAAAAAGGCUUCAAGACGACGUAGAAGAUGAGGUAGCUUCGCAAACAGCAACUUUAGACUUUCAAA